GUUCAAGAUGCUGCUGGCCCAAAUACUCAUCGGAGCGAUUCUCCUGAAAGAUUGUGCUGCCGGAGAUGCUGUGAAAAUUCACCUCCCGGACGUAGCUGAAACAGCACUGGGUGAUACUGCAACUUUGCCAGCUAAGUAUUCCACUGGCUACAGAGUGAUUUCAAUCAUAUGGCACAAAGUCGACAUAGACAGCACGUCCCAGCAGAGAAGAAGUGUGUUCUCCUAUGUUCCUGACUUGAAUAUAAGGCGUGCUUAUGGCGUCUAUAAGGGGAGAGCUCAGCUUGUGGGACAAGCCUCCCUGCGGAUUGAUCGUACGAUGGCGGAUGACGAGGGGAUGUACGCUCUGUCAAUCAUGACCGACGAACAGGGAACCGACGAGAAAUUCAUCCGCCUGGAACUACAUGUCCCACCCAGGCUAGAGGUUGGACCAAGCAAUCCAUACAUCACAACCUGGGGAAAGACUGUUUCCCUAAUGUGCACUGUGAGGGACGCCAAACCCAACAUAACAUCACUUUACUGGGGGAAAGACGGUGGAAGAAUCGAAGCUAACGGCUACAAAGGGAAGUACUCCGGCGGGAAUGUGAAGUCGCCAUCUUUGAUCAUCCGCCGUAUGACGAGAGCUGAUGCCGGACUGUACACCUGUUUUGUUCACCACCCUGUCAGGCCUGCAGCUGAGAGUAUGCUGGUCAGAGUCCAAUAUCCAGCCUCUAUUAUUAGCAUUUCCGACCCAGUGGAAGUUACUGUUUCCGACCACGUGACUUUCCAAUGUGUGGCCGACGGCAACCCAACUCCGAACAUCACGUGGUCCAAACACGGACGUCUUCUAAGGGCCAAUUCUUACGUCUUGUCUGGCGAUGUCCGUACGAGCUCUCUUGUUCUGAAUACUGUGGAAGCUAACGACAGUGGCACGUACUCAUGUGCAGCAACUAACGGGGUUGGGCAGAAGCAGUUUCGGACGACAAGACUCGAUGUGACGGGCAUCCAGAAAGACAUCACUACGACAGUAGUAGCCGUAGUAAUCGGCGCCACAGCCAGCAUUUUGUGGCUCCUCAUCUGUCUCUGCCUCCUCAUAUACUUCCUGAAAAGGAGGAGGAAGCAAGAGGAAAGGAAAAAGUUCGCCUUCUACUACGACAUCGCAUCAAGACGGGAUCACGCUACAACUGAUGCAAAUGAAGGUCAAGACCUCCGGAGACAGUCAGCAUUACCAGACAAACCAGAAUACCACCCAGCGGAUCAAAAUGGAAUUGACACGUUGCGGAAAAACACACAAGAAAGAAGAUACGCCAGGGCCAUGUAUGACUACAAACCAAGAGACGAUAACGAGUUACGUCUGGAGGCGGGAGAUGUGAUUGAAGUACUAGAAGGGGAGGCUGGUGAUUGGUGCCUGGGUUUCACGGCAGGCAGGGUGGGGCUCUUCCCGUCAAACUACGUCGUCUUCAUCUCUGCUUCAGAAGUUAUUGACAUCCACUCGCCGGACGUCUGCUGUCUCUCUGACGGACACUCCGACCAUACGAAGGACGGCGUCUAACUCCUACAGAUCUCACAUAUCCUACUAGAGACACGAGUGAUUCCGCUUCUGUUUAUAUCAUAUCCUGAUGGCACACUCCCUCUUGUCUCAGAAACACUUUCUUUGUUUUCCAAUCGUUCGGGAUGAUAGAUAAACAAAGUAAUUUGAAUAAGUUGUAACUACUGACGUUUCUAAUAAAAGAACAGUUACCACAUCCUGCGUCUUGUUUGAAUCCUGUUAAAACAAUGGUACAACUGCCCAACAUAUUCUGUUAUCCAGUAUCCUGUCUAAUUAAUAUUGUAAUUAAAAUUACUUGACAGCCCAUAAACAUCAUUUGCAAAUAAAGAUCCACGACCCUAUACAUUCCCAUGUAAUUUGUCUCAUUACAAUGUUAGUUAUAAUGGAAAUUACAAAA